CCCAGCUGUACAUCGCAGCCAGGCACCCAAGAACACCCAGCCACGGUGAGGCGGACUUCUACUUUAGGAUCGGGUGAAAACGAAGAAGAGGAAGCUGAGCUGAAGUACGGUGCUAGUCAUGUUAUUAACCUAUUCGUACCAGUUUCCAUAUGCAUGGUGAUGGUUGUAUUCACGAUGAAUACCGUGACAUUCUAUUCCUAUAAUGACGGAAGGCACCUCUUAUACACACCUUUUGUAAAGGAGACGGAUAGCACAAGUGAGAAAGUCCUAAUGUCAUUGGGAAAUGCACUGGUAAUGUUGUGUGUUGUCAUCAUUAUGACCGUCAUCUUGAUAGUCUUUUACAAAUACAGGUGUUAUAAGGUAAUCACUGCAUGGCUUAUGGUUAGCAGCUGUCUUCUGUUAUUCUUGUUCUCAACAAUAUACUUUGCCGUUCUCAAAUCCUUCACGAGUUGCGAAUUUUCUUUCUUCCAGAGAAGUGAUGAAAAGGCCGUUGAGACUACAGCAAGUAUGUUUAGUCUUCGUUUUUUCCUCCUUCUGGAUUCUACAUGUCUUACCCAUUGUCAUCCUUUUUUUCAGUUUUAUUUAAUUGCAAUGUCGGCUUUAAUGGCCCUUGUGUUCAUCAAAUACUUGCCCGAGUGGACCGUUUGGUCCGUGUUGGCUGUGAUUUCUGUUUGGGACCUCAUUGCUGUUCUAGCUCCAAAUGGUCCCUUACGAAUUCUGGUAGAAACUGCUCAGGAACGCAACGAACCUAUUUUUCCGGCACUAAUAUAUUCAUUACAAGGAAUUGUAUUUCCAUUUGUCUGUGUUGCUGUUAGUGGUUUUUACUUUUACUUGGUUUUUCCGAUUUCUUCUAAUCUGCCACUUGAAUUUGUAUUUUCGUGUUUUGAAGCUUGUUUUACAGCUGGCAUGGUACCUUCAUUUCUCGUUCUUCACAAUGUGGUGCAAAUAUGUAAUAUUUCAGAGGGCGUGAAGCUUGGUCUGGGCGACUUCAUCUUUUAUUCCGUAUUAGUGGGAAAGGCGAGUUCGUAUUUUGACUGGAACACCACGGUAGCAUGCUAUGUAGCUAUUCUAGUUGGACUUUGUUUUACUCUUCUUCUUCUGGCAGUCUUUCGUCGAGCAUUACCAGCUCUUCCGAUUUCAAUCUUCGCUGGCCUACUUUUCUACUUUUGCACAAGAUGGAUUGUCACUCCAUAUGUGUCAGAAAUCACUCGGCGGCAGUGGGUUUACUAG